AAGCAGGAGAGCAGCUUGGCCUAUUACAGAAUGAUGGUUCGACUAACAAUGGAUUUAGUUGCUAAACAUGUCAGUCACAAGAACUGCAGUGAAGAAGACUUUGGACAGCAUCUGCAAAAACUAACUCAUCUGAAUUUAUCAGACAAAAAUAUACACAAAAUUGGUCACCUCUCUUCGUGUAAAAAUCUGAGAGUUCUAUAUUUGUAUGAUAACCAAAUCAGACAAAUCCAGAACUUGGACUUUGCUUCAAAUAUAACACACCUUUACCUUCAGAACAACUGCAUUUCAAGCAUAGAAAAUCUUUCAUCACUGAAAAAGCUUGAAAAACUGUAUCUGGGAGGCAAUUCCAUCACUGUAGUGGAGGGUUUGGAUAAAAUGGAAGAAAUGAGGGAACUACAUAUUGAAAGUCAACAUCUCCCUCUUGGCGAAAAGCUUGUGUUUGAUCCAGUAUCUCUUAGGUCCCUGGCAAAAUCUUUGUCUGUCUUGAAUAUCAGCAACAACAACAUUGAUGAAUUAGAAGAUCUCGCAGUUUUGGAAAAUCUUUCCUACCUCAGAGCAGUUGACAAUCAACUUCAGCAUAUGAAGGAUUUGGAGGUUGUAUUAAGCAGGUGGACAAAACUACGCCGAAUGGAGCUCACAGGAAACCCCAUCUGUCACAAACCAAAAUACAGGGACAGGAUUGUAGUACAGUCACAAACUUUAGAAUCCCUUGAUGGGAAAGAAAUUAAAGAAAUUGAAAGACAGUUCUUAAUGAAUUGGAAAGCCUCCAAAGAUGCCAGAAAAAAAAGCAACAAAAGAACGACAAAUGACCAUGCAGCCUAUGUACAAUUCUCUGACUUUGGAACAUUUCAUCCUACUCUUCCCUUUCACCGCUGUCACUCUGUGAAAGAAAAAGCAAAUUUUUUCCAUUUGUCUCAGAUGCACAAAGUUGAAGGAAAACCUCUGCCAGGAAUCUCUGAGAAGAAAAGUCAGAUGAAAACUCAGGUGGAAGAAGAAUUACAAGUCACAAAGCUGCUCUCUUUCAAAGUAUCAUUUUUGCUCUUG